UCAACCUUCAUUCUAAUGUCAUUUGCCCUUCCGUUAAAUAUUAAUAAAUAAAUUCAUUGUUUUCAAUUAAUUAUUAGAGAAUAAUUAAUCACUACUUUAACUAUAAAAUAUAGAAUCUUUGUUAGUCUGUCUUCUAACCUACAGUAGCUUCUAAAUAAAUAUGGUUAAUAUUCGUUGCGCUGUGACAAAUUGCAAAAUUACAAACUACAAUAAACCACCAGGAGUUGUAUUCCAUUCAUGCCCAAGUUCUAAAGAAAUGAGAAAUAAAUGGCUCCAAAUAUUAAAAAACAAAUGUUCUAUGUUAGAUUGGUCUAGAAGUAAAAUCUGCUCAAAACAUUUUGAGAAAAAAUAUUUUGAUUCUCAGAGAAAGCUCAGGGAAAACGCUAUACCAACUAUAUUUACAUUUUCUUCCAAUUCGAAAAUGUCAAAGACUGACUCUCCUAUCGAAAGAACUAAAGUAGAUAGGCUGUUGAGUAGAAUGAAUCAAGCUCAACUCUCCUCUGAUAUUAAAAAUACUUUUAAUAAAAUUAAGGUGCCCUCAAAUUUAGACAUUUUCAUAACAGAUGAUCUUAAAUGUAAACCAGAUUCACCAAUUGAGGCUCAUUUAUGGUUGCUAAUAAAAAAACAGGACUAUUUGAAUGGAAUGCUAACAUCACAACUGGCACGAAAUAAGAAACAAGUAGAAACUCUUCAUAAGAACCUCGAUGAAAUCAGAACACAUAAGAAAGACACAGAACAAAAUAUAGACACUUUGAAGUACAUUGUGAAGUGUCUACAAGAAAAACAUGCUACUCUUGAAGAACAGAUUGAAAUUUUAUCAGCAGUGGAGUCAAGAUAAAUAUUAUGUUAAGUUCAUUAAAAUAUAUUGCAUGUUUGAAGGUGUACACUUGUAUAUCAAAGACAAUUGUGUGGUACAUGUAAGACCUGCAUAAAUAAUAAAUAUUUUUCAAAAGUGUCAUUUGUAUGAUGUAUGUACUUGCAUAAAUAAUUCAAAAUCAACUAUGAGAUUUAUUAAUUUUUAUUUAAUCUGUCACACACAUAUAUAUGUAACAAUUCAAUUUAAUAGACUGAACUAUAAAAGGAGUGUAUGCAUUUCCUUAAAGAUUGUAUGUUAAAUAAAAUAUUUGAAAUUGUGUCAAAAUAAGAUUUGUAUUCAUCAUAAUAAAAUGUCUUAAAAGCAA